UACGAAAAUAAGUAACUAUUGAUCUUGACGGGGUAUAGUCAACGGUCCAGGUCACUUGUAAACAAGUCCCGGAGAAGAAGUCAAGAUGUCAGGGAAAGACAAAAUUAACAUUUUCCCCUCUAGAGGGGCCCAGACGACCAUGAAGGCACGUCUGGCGGGAGCUGUGAAGGGCCACUCACUCCUGAAAAAGAAGGCUGAAGCUCUUCAGAUGCGCUUCAGACAGAUUCUAGCCAAAAUUGUUGAGACUAAAGUCCUCAUGGGUGAUGUCAUGAAGGAUGCUGCAUUUUCACUGGCAGAGGCCAAGUUUGCAUCUGGUGACUUCAACCAAAGUGUGCUACAGAAUGUGACAAAAGCCCGCAUCAAGAUCAGAAGCAGGAUGGACAAUGUUGCAGGUACCAACCUACCGGUUUUUGAAAGCUUUGAGGAUGGAGCAGACACCUAUGAGUUGACUGGACUUUCCCGUGGUGGUCAACAGAUGGCAAAGCUUAAAAUCAAUUACAAACGUGCCAUUGAGCUGUUGGUAGAGUUGGCAUCACUUCAGGCUUCAUUUGUAACUCUUGACAUUGUAGUCAAGAUUACUAACCGCCGAGUAAAUGCCAUAGAACAUGUUAUUAUUCCACGUUAUGAACGCACACUGGCAUACAUCAUUACUGAACUUGACGAGUUGGAACGUGAAGAGUUUUAUCGCCUGAAAAAGAUCCAAGAAAAGAAGAAGAAAAUCAGAGACAAGGCAGAGGAGGAGAGGUUAGCUUUGAAGAGAGCUGGUAAGAUAAGAGAAGCACGGGAGAGAGGAGAUAUUUUUAAAGGCACGGAUGAAGAUGAUCUUCUUUUCUAAGGAGAGAAUUUAUCAAGCAUGUACAGAGAAAACACUUGUUGUUUUGUAUGGGUAGUAGAAACUUAAGAAUGAAAAAAUCAGGUACCCUGUAACUGGUUUUAUCUUCUUUUCAUUAAAGGGAAACUUAGAAGUAUGAGAUGGCAAAUAUUGUCUCCAUGUGUACAGUAUAAUGUAUCUAAACUCUUAUUGUGGUAAGAAAUGUGUGGUUUGUAUUUAAUGUAAAUCUAUUUCAAAUGCAUUUAUUUGUAGUAGUUCAAAGAGGUUUUCCAUAAUAAUUGGUUGAAUGGUUGUAAAUGGCCCUUUAGUGCUAAAUUUUAUGAAUAUUUUGUGUAUUCAAUAUUAUUCCUGUAAUGAGAUAAAAGAUUACAUUCCAUCACUUGAGUAGUUUUAUUGUAAUAUACUAAUUGCUGAGGUAACUGCUUGCAUUGUAUCAAUACAAACUUGUAUAGUAAUGUGAACCCAGUCUGUAGAAAAACAAAUUAAUACUGUGUGACAAGCAUUGUAACAAAGCCCAUCUCUGGCUUUGAUUAUUGUAGCACACAUGGUACAUCUUGAUUGCCAUGGACUAGCCAUUACUAAUGGGUGAGGAGCUUACACUGCUUUGUGGCAAUUGUCAGAAACCUCCACAAAAAUUCAAGGCAAAUACAAAACAUGGAAGAUUUAAAUUGGACCCACAAAAAAAAUAUCAACAGUUGCAGGACAUGCACACCAGGGGUUAAAGGACUGUACAGUAUUGAAACUUGAAUAUUUUAACACAGUAAUUCAUGAUAUUUCCAUUAGCUAGGAUUCUCAUCCUUGUACUGCAUAAAAGAUUUUAUACAAAUUAAAAUGGAUUUGGGAAUUAGCCAUGACUCUUGGACCAAACCUAUUAUAAACCUGGAAAAAUCACUGACCCAAAUGUUUUGUGUAAUGAACAUCAUGUAUGUAUCACUGAAGAUAAAGAAAGGAAAAUUAUCGAUGAUUAUGAACAGAACACAGUCUUUGAAACACCAGUGGCUUUACUUUUGACUCUGCAUGAAUACUCAAAUACUAGAAAAUUAUUUUUAAGUUCUAUGGAAUUAAAUGAUUAUAACUUCUCUAAUACUCUUGGAUUAUCAUUUUAAAUGUUUACCUUAAUUUUUUGUUUCCAAUCAAAGACUGGUAAUGUAAAUGCUGUUGACAACACAACUGUAUAUAUUACUUUAAUAAAUGUACAAAAUAUA